AUAAAAAUUCGGAAAUUUUUGCUAUCUCUCUUUUUUUUUUUUUUUCUUAAAAAAAAUGACAUAUACAUAUUCCCACAUAUUACUCUUAUAACAACAAUAUGGUGAGAACAAGAACAAAAAAGAGAGCUGUUACAAAGCCCUCAUCAAACAAAUCUAUAAACUUAAAGUUGGGGCAUUUUCAAGCACCAGAGCAACAGACACCAAUCGAAUCACAAUUUGAAAGUAAAGAAUGGACUCCAAUCCAAAAAGAACAAAUAAAGCUAGCAAAGCAAUUAGACGAAUACAUAAGCGAAUUCCAGCAAAAACUACUUCUACUUAACUUUUUACCUUCAGAUCGAGAACUUGUCAUUUUAUUCAUUAUGAAUUUACAUCCUCGAUGGCGACGCAUGGUUGAACACAUGGAAUUGUCUUGUCCAAGCUGGCUAGAAGUAGCUGCUCUUGCACGUAUGCAUUGUGCUCGAGUAAGUGCUAUUUUAGGUUGUGAGGAUUUAAAUUCUUCUACAACUAUUUUUAAAUCUCCAGAGUCAAGGGCUUUAAGAGAUUCUGGCUACUUUGUACCAGAUACAUGCGUUUCAGCAGCACAAAAAAAGCAGACAAUCAAUUCGAUCAAACAUUUAUUAAUAUCAGAAGAAAAACAGCAACAAAUUGAAAAAAUAUUUAAUGAUAUGUCAUUAAAUGAAUCUCAAUUAGAACAGAAGCAGCAGUCCGAAGUGAAAAAGGGCCAAAGUAGGGAAAAAGAAAACAGCAAAGCAAAAGAACAAGACUCAAAUAAAGAUAAGUGGACAGUUGGAAGUUCAACAUCUUCAAUUUCGGAUAAUCCAUCAAAUACACUGGAUGCAUCUUCAGUAACAAAUAAUGAUGUUUCUGAUACUUCUCCUAAUUCAUCAUUAUCUUCAACAGUAUCCAAAUCAGGGCCCUCAAAAAUAGAUAUAAAAACAACAAAGAAUAGUAAAAAGAAAAAUAUUAUUACAAUUCCUGCACCUGUAGUAGAUCUAACAGAAAAUCCACGUAUCCUAACGCAUGUUCCACCAGAGCAUUCAGGUGUUAAUUUGACAUUCUUAGAGCUUCCAAUUAAUGGUCAGAAAGUAAAAGGAUUGUUAGCAAAGAUGCGCUGGGGUAGUUCAGCUAUUUCGCUUGAUUGUGUACAAAGACUUGGAUUGCCUAUGCAAAAAAGUGAUAAUUUUGGUAUUAAUACUGAUUUUGGUUACAUCGAUUCGAUUGGUAUCUUAAUAUUACCUAUUCAUCAUCCUGCAGACCCCCAAAAUAUAACUUCAAAGAUGGAAAUUCAGGUUUUACCUUCUAUAUAUGGUGGUAAAGUAGAUCUGGUAUUGGGAGCUGAUUUCUUUCAUUUUUAUAAUCCUACAUUAAAUAUAAUAUCACGAUGCAUUCAGUUCCUUGGUAAAGAAACUCCGUAUAUUGUAGAGAAAAUAAAAUAAACUAUUAUGUUGACUCACAGCUGAGAAGUAUAAAAAGGAGUUUGGCAUUUUGCAAUAAUUGCAAUGUCUACACACAUACUGAUUUUAUCCUUCUCUUGUCGACUUGUUUUUUUUUCCUUGAAAUAUAAAGAUGAAGAAAGAAAAAUAGAUGUAUAUUAUACGCACUCGUUACACUCAUGUAUUUU